UGACCCAGGACCAAACCCACAACCCAGGCAUGUGCCCUGACUGGGAAUCGAACCCCCCACCACUUUUCAGUGCACCGGAUGAAGCUUAAACCAACUGAGCCACACAGGCCAGGGCCCUUGUUCCACUUUAAAGGCAGUGACAGGGCUGCUCACUGUGCAUUGUGUCUGUAGAGUUAAGGAUGAGAUGGGGUCUGCUCAGAAAGGACGGGUCUUGCUCCAUGGGGGGUUGAACGGGUAAUCUUGUUUUUAAGUCAAGCUUCAUUUUUGUCAUUCUUCAACCAAACUUUGCACCCACUGCCUGUCCCAACCUGGUUGGGUACAGAGGCUAUUCAAGUGAGAAAAGCCCCUUAGGAGUUCUGGUCCUUUGCUGGCCCCAGUCCUUACCCUAGUGCCCUCAAAGCUCUGGGGCCUCAGAUGCCAGGGUGGGUGUGGCAGGUAGAGAGCCGAUGGGAACUGAGCUCUAAGAAGGGGACAUUGUUUUUCAAAGUCUUUUCCAUGUCAGAUCCUGGGACUUAACUGUCCCUUCCAAGGGCAGGUAGUCAUGGUGUUGGAGGAGGUGGACAGUAAGGAAGACCUGGGUAGGUGGCUGGUUGUAGUGGAAGUGGAGGCUUGUGACCUGAGGGCUGUGACUUGUGGCCUUGGAGGCCGGCCACAGAGAGCUGCAGGUCAGCAUGCAGCCUAGUGGGCAGGCUGUGGGGUCUGCCAUCAUUCAUUAACACUGUGCUUCUUGCAGCCCUCUCUGCUUUGGGCCCCUGCUCCCAGCCUUAGGGAUGACAGCGAUUCUGGCCUCUCUGACAGCAAGGAGAGUAUAUUCUCAGGCCUGGAAGAUUCCGGCAGUGACAGCAGUGAGGACUCCACUGAGGGACAUGAUGGGGCCAGCAGUGGUGAGGGCCACGUCAGUACAGAGAAGAUCACCGGGCAGCAGGCUGUCAGGACCCCGUCCUCCCCCCCAGGGAUGGAGGCGGCGAGAGCACGGGGCAGCGAUGAGUACGCAGAAGACAGUUCUGACGAGGAGGAUGUACGGAACACGGUGGGCAACGUGCCCCUGCAGUGGUACGAUGACUUCCCGCAUGUGGGCUACGACCUGGAUGGCAGGCGCAUCUAUAAGCCAGUGCGAACCCCAGAUGAGCUGGACCAGUUUUUGGACAAAAUGGAUGACCCUGAUUAUUGGCGCACAGUGCAGGACCGGAUGACGGGGCACGAUGUGCGACUGACAGAUGAGCAGGUGGCCCUGGUGCAGCGGCUGCAGAGGGGCCAGUUUGGGGACAUGAGCUUUGACCCGUAUGAGCCUGCUGUGGAUUUCUUCAGUGGAGACCUCAUGAUCCACCCCGUGACCAACCGCCCUGCCGACAAGCGCAGCUUCAUCCCGUCCCUGGUGGAGAAGGAGAAGGUCUCUCGCAUGGUGCAUGCUAUCAAGAUGGGCUGGAUCCAGCCUCGCCGCCCCCGGGACCCUACCCCAAACUUCUAUGACCUGUGGGCCCAGGAGGACCCCAGUGCUGUGCUGGGACGUCACAAGAUGCAUGUGCCUGCCCCCAAGCUGGCCCUGCCUGGCCAUGCGGAGUCCUACAACCCACCCCCUGAGUACCUGCCGAGCGAGGAGGAGNNNCUGGUGUGGCAGCAGCAGGAGCCCAGUGAACGAAAGCUCAGCUUCCUACCACACAAGUUUCCGAGCCUUCGGGCUGUGCCUGCCUAUGGACGCUUCAUCCAUGAGCGCUUUGAACGCUGCCUGGAUCUCUACCUGUGCCCACGUCAGCGCAAGAUGAGGGUAAAUGUGGACCCUGAAGACCUCAUCCCCAAACUGCCUCGCCCACGAGACCUGCAGCCUUUCCCCACAUGCCAGGCCCUGGUCUACAGGGGUCACAGUGAUCUCGUCCGCUGCCUGAGCGUCUCCCCAGGGGGCCAGUGGCUUGCUUCAGGCUCAGAUGAUGGCUCGGUGAGGCUCUGGGAGGUGGCCACUGCCCGCUGCAUGAAAACUGUGCCUGUGGGGGGUGUGGUGAAGAGUGUUUCAUGGAACCCCCACCCCACCAUCUGUCUGGUGGCCGUGGCUGUGGAGGAUGCAGUACUGCUGCUGAACCCAUCCCUCGGGGACCGGCUGGUGGUGGGCAGCACGGACCAGCUGCUGGGUGCCUUCACCCCACCCCAGGAGCCUACCCUGCAGCCUGCCCGCUGGCUGGAAGCCUCAGAGGAGGAGCACCAGAGGGGCUUAAGGCUGCGCAUCUGCCAUGGCAAGCCAGUGACCCAGGUGACCUGGCAUGGGCGUGGGGACUACAUGGCUGUGGUGCUGGCCACCCAGGGCCAUACCCAAGUGCUGAUCCAUCAGCUGAGCCGCCGCCUCAGCCAGAGCCCCUUCCGCCGCAGUCAUGGACAGGUGCAGUGUGUGGCCUUCCACCCUGUCCGUCCCUUUCUGCUGGUGGCCUCGCAGCGCAGUGUCCGCCUGUACCACCUGCUGCGCCAGGAGCUCACCAAGAAGCUGAUGCCCAACUGCAAGUGGGUAUCCAGCUUGGCCGUACACCCUGCAGGUGACCACAUCAUCUGCGGCAGCUACGACAGCAAGCUGGUAUGGUUCGACCUGGACCUUUCCACCAAGCCCUACAGAAUGCUGAGACACCACAAGAAGGCCCUACGGGCAGUGGCCUUCCACCCCCGGUAUCCGCUCUUCGCAUCUGGCUCUGACGACGGCAGUGUCAUCGUCUGCCACGGGAUGGUGUACAAUGACCUGCUGCAGAACCCACUGCUGGUGCCCGUGAAGGUGCUGAGGGGGCACACACUGACCUGUGACCUGGGCGUGCUGGACGUGGCUUUCCACCCCACCCAGCCAUGGGUCUUCUCCUCAGGGGCUGACGGCACCAUCCGCCUCUUCACUUAAGGUGCCUUGCCUGCUCUGGGUUCAGGCAGGUGCCCAGGACCCUCAAUAGAGAUGUUUCUCUCUCUGA